CCCGCUGCCGCCAUGCAUUGUGGGGCGGCAGUAGCAGAGCCAAGAUGGCGGCCAGCAGGAGGCUGAUGAAGGAGCUUGAAGAAAUCCGCAAAUGUGGAAUGAAAAACUUCCGUAAUAUCCAGGUUGAUGAAGCUAAUUUAUUGACCUGGCAAGGGCUUAUUGUUCCUGACAAUCCUCCAUAUGAUAAAGGAGCCUUCAGAAUCGAAAUCAACUUCCCAGCAGAAUACCCAUUCAAACCUCCUAAGAUUACAUUUAAAACAAAGAUCUAUCACCCUAACAUCGAUGAAAAGGGGCAGGUUUGUCUGCCAGUAAUUAGUGCUGAAAACUGGAAGCCAGCAACCAAAACUGACCAAGUAAUCCAGUCCCUCAUAGCUCUGGUGAAUGAUCCACAGCCCGAGCACCCCCUUCGGGCUGACCUAGCUGAAGAAUACUCUAAGGACCGUAAAAAAUUCUGUAAGAACGCUGAAGAGUUUACAAAGAAAUAUGGUGAAAAGCGACCAGUGGACUAAAACCUGACACAGUUGAUGUCAGCACCCUGUGAUAGAAGAUCGGAGCAGUGCAUUUGAGACACCCCCGUAAAGCAGGACUCUAUGGAAAAUUGACAAGUGCCACCUUUUGGUGUUAACUUGUGGCUGUUACUAACUUUCUACAGUUUUCUUAAUCAAAAGUGGGCUAGGUAACCUGUAAAGAAAGGAUUAAAAUUUAAGAUGUUCUAGUUCUGCUUUCUUUGUUUAAAAAUCACUGCUUCAAUAUUCUUUAAAGUAUGCUGGUUUUUUUUUUUUUCUUUUUCUUGUCAGAAUUUAUCAAAAAUAUCUUAGACUUAUAUUCUGCCCUUAAAUUGAAAAGGUUGUGGCUGUCACUUCUUUUUCCAUACAGUUCCCACUCUCCUGAGUUCAUUUAAUUCUUCAUUGAAUUUUAUUCCACUCCCCAAACUCAUGUUUUAGGGGGUGGG